AUGUUGUUAUUUGCUUUCAUAAUGUUGUUUCACGUUGCUUUGAAAAGUACUGACGCUGUCACUUUGGAAGAAGGACUUCUGAAUGCUUCCAAGUAUAUCAGAUACGACACAACUCCUUAUAAUAUAUGGAUUCACGCACUGAUUUCUCUUUGUAUUACGUACGGAACGCUUACAGGAGGAAUCCUGAUAGUACACCUUGUGGUUUACCUCUCUGGAUCCAAAAGAAAUCGUCGUGCCGCUUAA